CGUCUACUUAUCAUCACGGCAGUUAUCGAAGGGUUUGUUUGUUUGCAGCUUGCCGGUAGAUAUCUCACGCUGGAAAGGUAUUGCUCACCUUGGUGGUAGGGAGUAGCUGAUGCUUGGCUUGCGCGAGGCCGACCCUGAGUGCUCAUCAUCCCUUCGACUUCUCCGGUCUCCCAGAGCGCGGGCUCAGCAACGAUAGUACACAAGCUUCACCCACAGCGCUCCAGACAAGGUCAACGUUGCUAACUUAUUGCGACGACAAACACGGUCGCUACGCGGACCCUCGUUAUGAAUGGUUCCGUCACAAACAGGUCAAUCACAAUGCUGGCCCUAACACCGACUUUUGCUCUUUCGCUCGCUGCGCACAUGUUUGCUCGCUCUUUUGCCAUGCCACCUUCGCCUAUAUAUGGAGGUCCAUCGCCGAUGCUUGUGAUCAAUCACUCACUCUUCUCAUUCUCUUCGCCCCGUCCACGCCACUCCAAGUUUCUACACGCAUCAUGGCAUCCCUCGGCUACCAGCAACUGAACAAACCCUUGCCACAGCCGCCUCGAAUCAUACUCUUCGAUGAGAUCAGCGUCUACGUCGACUUGCCCGAUCCAGUGAUGCAGGACUUCGUCGACAUGCCAGAUUUGCCGCCCUUGGGCUACGUUUUGAAUGAUAUCUAUGUUCUCGUGCAGAACAGCGAGAUCAUCAACCAUUAUAUCGAUUCUCAAUUGCGGCCGAUCAUGGAAGCCUACACCCCGGAGCACCCCGUCGUCCAAUCCUACUCGGCGUAUAUCUACUGGAGCGCUAGGCUCUUCGACAACAUCACCGCUCAGUUCUCCAAGAUCUUCAAGCUGAAAGACGAGAAGAAGUUAUACUGGGGGCGCCCUGAGUUUAAGCGGUCGGACCGCCACUUGCUUCAUUUCAUGUUCUCCCUCAAUCGCGUCCACCACGCCAUCAGGGCUCCACUGCAUACCCUCGUCGAGCACUCGCAUAUCUUGACCGAGCCCUUCACGUCAGACUACCGCAUCCGCGAGGUCCUUCAGGAACUGCACGCCAAGAUCGUCGACAUUGACAAGAAGAUCUUCAAAUGGGUCUCCAUCGCCGAGGAGUUCGCCCUCAGGCGCCAGAUCCGGAUGAAGGAGCACGAAGAGGAGGAAGCGCGCCUGCAUGUCGAGAUCCCGCUGAGCGAGGAAGCGCGGAAGGAGCGCAAGGACAAGUACCACAGCGAGACGAUGAACAAGCUGUGCGCGAACGAAAUGAGUGUGGCGCACGCGGACUCGGUCGAGGUGCUGCAACAGCGUUUGGACCAGUCGAAGGCGACGCGGGCGAUGUACAAGAAGCACUAUUAAACCUCAUAAUAGGCCGGCCCUUUCCCAUCCCUUUCCUUACUUAACUAUUUACUAUUGUACUGACGUAUCUAUUGCACCGCACCCGCACACCUUUGUGGAUAGAUGGGCAGCUGCGGCCUGCUAUUACGGCGCGCAGCCCCCGC